UUGAGUUAGAUAAAGAGACAGAGGUAGCAAUAUCAGCAAAUUCAUGGCCGACAUUCUCCGGCGACAUGUUCUCCUUUUAACGGUGGCGGCCGUGUUAUUCUCAACCGUUCCGGUUUCAAACUCAAUUCCAUUUAUAGUGCUCCACGGACUUGGAGAUAAAUGCUCUGGUGGAGUUAGUGACUACGCGACACUCCUAAGCAACCUCUCCGGCUCUCCUGGCUCUUGCUUAGAAAUAGGACACGGAGGACACGGAGCAAGAGACUCAUGGUUCAUGCCACUAACGCUCCAAGCGAAGUUAGCGUGUAAUAUAGUGAAGAAUAUGACAGAGCUGAGUCAAGGUUACAACAUUGUUGCAGAGUCUCAAGGAAACAUGGUAGCUAGAGGUUUAAUCGAGUUCUGCGACGAUGCUCCUCCUGUCAUCAACUAUGUUUCCUUAGGAGGACCUCAUGCUGGCGUCGCCGCUCCCCCCAACAAGUGGUGCCAUGCUGGUCCAUUCUGCGCUAUAGCAAAUUUUUUUCUGAAGAUAGGGGUCUACAACGACUUCGUUCAAGAUCAUAUUGCUCCUAGUGGUUUUGUCAAGAUUCCUGAUGAAAAGACAAAGUAUUUGGAACACUCCAAGUAUCUACCAAAGCUUAACAAUGAGAGACCUGACCAAAGAAACUCCACUUUUAAAGACCGUUUCGCGAGCUUGCAUAACUUGGUUCUCGUCAUGUUCCUGAACGACACAAUACUGGUCCCUAGAGAAACUUCUUGGUUUGGAUUCAUUGUAGAUGGUGGGGUUGAUACUAUUGCGGUAGCUCAACUGACAGCACUAUACAUAGAAGACUGGAUCGGCCUGAAAGCAUUGGAUGACGCAGGAAAAGUGAAGUUUGUGUCUGUCCCAGGGGACCACCUUAUGAUAGGGUUUGAUGACACUGUGAAAUACGUUGUGCCUUACUUGAAGUGAUACACAAGUUCGUAAAUUCUGAUCAAAUGUGAUUCUCUCAGUGUCAUUUUAUAAGAAGCAUUUUUGAUCCGAAAACAACAUAUAAUUGAUAAUCUUUUAAAAUUAUUUGGUAAAAAUCUUGUGUUAAAUUUUAUAUUCA